CAGCUCCGCUUCCUCCACGCUGUGCCGCGUCUGUGCUUCUCAGCACAGAAGCAGGGGCGGGACACCCUGGAGCCCCUGGUCUCCAAAGAGGCCCUCGAGAGCAUUGCGGAGCUGAUUGAAAAUCUCCCUGGUCCGUCAGAGCCAAGCUCCAUCAUGCCCAGCUCCAUGGCCGCAGUUUGCAGCCUCAGCAAACUGAAGCCACCGCUUGCCCUGGAGCUGGAAUCUCGCCUCCUGCGGGCUCUUCUGAACAGAAUGUACACCCUGGGCACUGGACAGGACACCACACACUUCCGGGCUCUGUACAUCAACUAUUCGCAGAGCCUGGUCAUCCUGCUCAGGGGCCUGCUGACAGAGACCCCCACCAUGGACAAGCUGCAGCACCUCUUGGAGCACAUCCAUCUCGCUCUCCAGUCAAAAAACACCCAGGAGAGAGCCAGGGCCAUACAGACCAGCGCUGCCCUGCUCCAGUUUGCCACCUCCCUGCCUGGAUUUGACACCUCCUCCGCCUUCUCUAAGGCAGGCGAAUUCGUGCUGCAGCUGGAUCUCUGUAUAUCCCACCCAGCCAGUGACAUCAGUCGGCAAGCCAGGGGUGGGAUAUAUUGGCUUCACUGGCUCCUGCUUCAGAAGAGGGGGCUCAACACCAGAGAGGCACCAGACCUGUGGUGCCAGGAUGGGCUCCAGGACCCUGAGCGUCUGGGGUACAGAAACCUGGCCAGGGUGGGCGAGGUCUUCAGAGAGAUAUUCACCGAAGACCAGAAGAGCACUUUCCUCCAGGCGGGGCUGCUGGCCAUCCACGACCCCCUGCUCCGUGUUAGCCAGGCUGGCCUGGUGCUGAUGUAGUCCAUCUUGGGGGAAGCCGGCCAGCUGAUAGGGGACAAGGGGGACAUUACAGCAAAGAUCAUGGCCGAGCUAUUUACCAUCAGGUGCUUGCGCCAGGUCCCCAAAGCCCUGCAGGGGCUGUGCUCCGUGGGGCAGCACUGAAGACCCCCCCGCCUUUGCAUAACCAGCUCCCACCCCCUGCUUCAGGAUUCCAGCCAGCUGUUCCAAUCCAGGAGGAAAACUGUGCCACCGAAGUCUCCCAGCACCUGUGCAGUGAAGUGCCACUUAAACCCGCUGUGAUGCACAGACCUGGCCCUGGCUGUCUGCACAGGGCUGAAUUUCAGCCCUUCAGAGUGUAUUCUAAGGGCCCCCUGUGCGUCAUAUGGGCAUUCUUGGGGGUGCAGAUUGCAUCAGACCUGCACCUGAAUAAAUAAUAGUGACUGAAAUAUGCAGUCACUAAAGUUCUGCAGCCAAAUUCUCAGAAACCUUCCUCUUCAAUGUAGGAUCAGGGUUUUGGUUUGAACUGAUUUUUUUAAAAAGUGCGAAGCAGAUGCUACACUGUAAGAAGAGGAAACAGAAGCAAAAACUGAAAGACUGUUACUGAAACCAAUGAAGAGCUGCAGAGAGUGAAGACCCGGCAAAGCAAACAAAUGAAUACUGAAAAGGAUCCCCAAAGGAGGUGUAAGGAUCCUGGACUCUAAUGUCUGCCAGAAGCUUCAGCCACCUUCACAGGUAGAAGUCACUGUCUUUCCUACAAUGCCACUAGUGCUCUUCCUGCUCUCCAGAUCUGCUCCCUUCAGCAGGACAAAGACACCCCUUAACUCCCCGAGUCCUGGUUUCCUGCCAUUCAAGGGGCUGAGGGUUUGCAUUGCCCCCACCCCCACCGUCAGAGACUUUUCCUAUGGGAA